AUGGCGCUCUCAUUAGCACAGUCUUGUGUUCCCAGCACAUUUUCUCCAUCGCUCUUCGGUGCUGAAGUCCUUUCUCUCGACGCAAAUCUUGUCACCAACUACAGUGCUUCCAUCAUCGAAGCUCUCCGAUUCACCGCCCCCGCCGUCGAACUUCAAAAUGCCACGUUUUGCAACGUGACUGUUACCUACACUCAUCCAGGCCAAAAUGACAACAUCAUCACUGAGGCAUGGCUCCCCAUGGAGUGGAAUGAGCGCUUUCAGGCCGUGGGUGGCGGCGGCUGGGUCGCAGGGCGGUUUUUGAUGUCGUACACUAACAUGGGCGGCGCGAUUGCGGAUGGUUACGCGACGAUUACUACGGAUGCUGGUCUGGGAAGCGCUGUUGAAGCGAGCCCCUGGGCCCUGCUCAGCCCUGGAAACGUCAACUUGUACAAUCUGCAGAAUCUGGCGUCUGUAUCCCUCAAUGACGAGGCAAUUAUCGGCAAAUCCCUCAUUAAGAGUUUCUACGGACGUGAGCCAAAGUACUCUUACUGGAAUGGCUGCUCCCAGGGCGGCAGACAGGGUCUCAUGCUGGCCCAGAGAUACCCCACCGCAUACGAUGGAAUCGCUGCAGGGGCCCCUGCUAUCUACUGGAACGAGUUCUUUUCCUACGCUCAGUGGCCGCAGCAAGUAAUGAACGAGCUUGGCGAGUAUCCCUACCCCUGUGAACUCGACGCUAUUACCGCUGCUGCCGUCUCCUUCUGCGACGGACUGGAUGGUGUUGUAGACAAUACCAUCGCGGAUAUCAAACAAUGCCUGGAUCGUUUCGACCCCUUCUCGGUCGUCGGAAACUCCGUUGCAUGUGCCGAGACCAACGGCACUCAGAAGGUCAUCAGCAAGGCUGCGGCAACAGUUGCUCGCGCCACUUGGCAUGGCCGGACCACUGCAGACGGCAAGCAGCAUUAUCAUGGUAUUGCUCCCGGGUCGGAUCUGACAGGCAAUCAACCCACAACAAGCGGUGGCAUUGUGGAGACGAAAUGUGAUGAGAAGGGUUGCGUGGGUGCCCCCAACUUGCUUGGGCCGCUCUGGCUUAAGCUUUUUGUGGCCAAGGAUCCCAACUUCGACAUCUCAAACCUGACCCGCGCCCAAUAUGAUGCGCUUGCAUACUCAGGUGGCCAACAGUAUGGCUCGUUGGUUGACACAGCUGACUCCGACCUGACCAAGUUCCGCGAUAAUGGAGGAAAGAUUAUUAGUUUUCAUGGACUGGCCGAUUUCAUCAUCCCCCCGGGAGCCACUGAGGAGUACUACAACUCCGUGGCAAAGGUUACGCCUGGAAUACAAGAUUUCUUCCGUUACUUCGAAGUUCCCGGUCUGGGCCACUGCUUCGGAGGUAAUAGCGCACAGCCGAACAAUCUUUUCCAGCAACUCCGCGACUGGGUUGAGAACGGUGAAGCCCCUGAUCGCACUCCAAUCAAGAUGAGUCCCGAUGGGAAAGAGGUUCACGAGCGGAUUCUCUGUGCUUACCCUCAGAAACCUCAGUUAGUUGCUUCAUGUGGUAACCCUGCGUUGGCUGAGUGUUGGUCUUGCUCAAACCCUUCUGGCACGCCGGCGCCAACACUCCACCUGCAUUGUACGGACCAUGAGAACGUCCGCCACUGCAACCCGACAAUGGCGGCAGAUACUCCCUCAAACCCGGCCGACAGUGCCGCAGCUGCCCCCGCGAGGCAGCCUGCUGAUGCAGCAGCUGAUGGUCAGCAAAAUGGUCGGCAGCGUGGCGGUGGCCGCAACAAUAACAAGAGACAUCCGAAGCGCAAGCACGACGUCGGCCGCUCGGCGUGGAGUCGCGAGGCGACUGAUAAGCGCGGACGUAACAACGAGUACCAGGAGUUCAAGCGCAGAAAGGUGAACGAAGACGGCGAAGCCGUACAGACACUCAACCCCUUCACCGCUGAAGAGAUUGCCUCCGAAGCCCGUCGGCCGAAGCGCAAGGUCGCUGUCAUGGUGGGAUACUCCGGCACGGGAUAUAAGGGCAUGCAGAUCAACAACGAGGAGAAGACAAUCGAGGGAGACCUGUUCAAGGCUUUUGUCGCUGCGGGCGCCAUCUCCAAGGCCAACGCCGACGACCACAAGAAGUCGAGUCUGGUGCGCUGCGCGAGAACCGACAAGGGCGUCCACGCUGCGGGUAACGUCAUCAGCUUGAAGCUCAUCAUUGAGGACGAGAACAUUGUUGAAAAGAUCAACGAGGCGUUGCCUGAGCAGAUUCGCGUCUGGGGCAUCCAGCGAACCAACAACUCCUUCAGCUGCUACCAGUCCUGCGACUCAAGAUGGUACGAGUACCUCAUGCCGACGUACUGCCUGCUCCCUCCUCACCCCGACAGCUGGCUGUGGAAGCAGCUGGUCGAGAAGGCUAAGGAGAACGGAUACUAUGACGAAUUCCAGGCUAAGCUGGCUGACGUCGGAAAGUACUGGGAAGAGGUUGAUGAGAGGGAUAUCAAGCCCAUCCUGGACAAGCUUGACCCCGAUACCAAGGCAAAGGUACUUGAGAGGAUACACGCCGACGAGAAGCCCGAGACAGAGGACUCCAAGGCUCCCGAGGAGAAGCCCGCCGAAGUCGCUACCGAGAACACCGAUGCUACACCUGUUGAGAAGAGCGAGGGUGGUGCUGCUGCCGUACCUGCCGGUAGUGUCAAGCCCAGGAACCGUGACUUGACCCCGGUCGACUUCGCUCUCCGCGACAUCAAGGCGGCCUAUAUCAAUGCCAAGAGGGGGUACCGCGUCACCCCCGAACGCCUGAACCAACUGCAAGCGGCACUGAGCGAAUACUGUGGCACGAUCAACUUCCACAACUACACCGUGCAAAAGAGCUUCAAGGACCCCUCGGCCAAACGCCACAUCAAGUCUUUCAAGGUCAACCCCAACACGAUCCAGAUCCGCGACACCGAGUGGGUUUCCCUCAAGGUCCACGGCCAGAGCUUCAUGAUGCACCAGAUCCGCAAGAUGGUCGGCAUGGCCUCUCUGGUUGUGCGUUGCGCGACACCAGUCCAGCGUAUCAGGGAGAGCUACGGCCCGACGAGGAUCGCCAUUCCCAAGGCGCCUGGCUUGGGUCUUCUCUUGGAGAGGCCCGUUUUCGAUGCGUACAACCGUCGUGCCCAGGACAACUUUGGAAAGGAGACGAUUGACUUCUCCAAGUACGACGAUAAGUUGCAAGCAUUCAAGGACAAGCAGAUCUACCAACGUAUCUUUGAAGUUGAGGAGCAGGAGAACACUUUCCACAUCUUUUUCCAGCAAGUAGACAACUUCAGGUCCGAUUACUUCCUGUGGCUUACUGCCGGCGGCAUUGAUGCUGGAGCUAUCCGCACCGCCAAGGGAGAGAAGGAAGACAAGACUCUAGAGGCUGAGUUAGACGACGAAGAUGAGGACCCCGAGGGUGGCGAGGGUUAA